AUGGUUAUCGGUCGGGAUGCAACCAUUAUCUCGGGUUCCCCAGGCAUUCAAGCGAUCAUAGAUUCCCGUCCCUCCUUGUCAAUCGUGCUCUCCAUGGGGAUCCAGCCAGUCCAUGACGUCAGUUCUAUUGACUGCGUCGAUAUUGGAAGGAUGGAAUUGAACAUGUCUCUGUCAAGCAUGGCCAGCCACUCAGCAUGCAGAUGUGUUUUAGAUGCAUUCGACAACAGAGUCUCUGUUAGUUGCGCGAGUAACGUAUUCCUAGAUACUCUACUCGGUGCAUUAAUUGAGCUGCUCAACUCCUCUCAUUUUAGGCUGGGAGCCAACACCACCCAGGCCAGAAGCUUACAUCACCACCAAGUCAUGUAUUUGUAA